UUGUUCAUUUUGGUCCACCAAGAGUGUGCUAUCCUUGGUCUCCCCUACUAAUCAAUUCUUCUCCAUUCCACUGCCAUUCCCCGCCCAUCCCCUACUCCCGACAUGCCCAAAGAAGCUAAACUCCCUUCCACCACCCCUCCCCCCGCUCUCUUCCCUCAAAUCCUCCCUCUCCUCAUCUCCCGCCUCACCACAUCGCCUGUCAACCUCCAAAUCCUCCCAGUUAUCGAAACCGCCCUCCACAUUCAACGCUGUGUCACUCUUGAACCCAUGCCAGGUGUCUCUGCCUCAAGCUUGAUCCCACUUCAAAAAUUACUUGAACUCUCCACCUCCCAUCCCGCCGCGGUCCGGGUACCUGCCAUCAUUGAUGCUAUCCUCGCCCACCCUAUCCAUUCGCCCGUCAUCUCUCAGAUCAUUUCCAACGUCUUCAACGAGUCACCGGACAGUAUCGAAAUUUGGCGAAUUGACGUGCUGCCCGAGUUGAUCAAUCAGACUAAAGCCGGUGGUCAGAAGGACGUUGUGCUUGCAGUCAAAUUGAUGCUCGGUAUGAUUCGCGCACAUGACGAACUCAUCGGUCUCACUCUUGAAGUAUCAGAGGAAGUUCUUCGCGGUCUGAGCAUGGCAUACUCAAAAUUGGGAGAAGAUGACCGUAAAACUCGGACUGGGGUGUCUGAGGAAAUCCGGCUGGGCGCAAUGGAAGAUGUACUCAUGAUCUGUAAAGAGCUCAUCACCCGAGUCGGGAUGGAAGGUGCAGCAGGAGAUGCCAUGUUACGCUUCCUAGGCGAAAAUGAAAGUGCGGCAAUGGGCGUCAUGCAGGGAAAGAGUCUAAGAGGGGAUUGUGAAGCCCUAUGGGGAAAGAACGGACGUAAGUUUAGUCCGGAUAGCGUGAUUAUUGGAAAGUUGGAAAAGAAGCGAGACGAUCUUGCCAAGCUUGACCCAAGGGUAAUGUCCAUCCUCGCUAUUUUCCCUACGAUCCCGCCUCACCUUUUACUCAUCGCUCUGUCGCACCCGCAAUUCUCGUCAAUCCCAGCUGGAUCUAAAGCUUCGCCCGGUGAACUUGCCGAACCUUUGUUGGCGUGCAUGUUAAAUCACGGUGAAGGUUUGCCAGAGGAGCUUGGAGGAUUGAAAGCGGUGGUUAGCAAGCUGGGUAAUGCGCAGGCUGCUGGCGAGGUACCGGAUGAAAAAAGAAAGGAGAAAAAGAAGUUUGAGAGAAGGAAUAUAUUCACCGCUGAAGAUCUGGACAUUAGCAGAUUGCGACUGAAAGAUGGCGAGAGUGCACUUCCCGAACUUCAAUCUACCAUCCCACAACACAUCCGCGACUCCAUCCAACGUCUCAUCUCCCUUCAAGCAUCCGAAGAAGAAGAGCGCCGUCAAGCCUUGGCCGACUCCAACCUGCUCUUAUCAGAUGAUGAAUCUGACAUGGACGAUUCCGGAGAAAUCCCGCUCCAAGUCCGUGUUUCAGGCGGUGAUACCGAAGACACCGCGCCGGUGGAUAGUGAUGGUGAAGCCGUUAAAGUCUCGAGGAGGAAUCAGCAAAACCAGAAUAAUGGAAUGCCAGAUAAGGAAAGAUACGAGAUCUUGCGCACGCUGUAUCUGGAUGAUCCAGGGCUGUUUGAUCGAGAUGGUGUGACGAGGAGGAGUGAUGAGAGGAAGAAGAUGAGGGAAAUGCUCGGAUGGGAUGAUGGGCAAAUUGAAGGGUGGAGAGUCAUGCUUGAAAGAGAUCCCCAAAAAGACGUUAUUCUUGAAGCACAUCGUGAUAGGAUGGCACGUAAAGGUACAUCAUCGUCCGGCUAUAAUAACCGUAACAAUCGUCACGACAACCGCGCACGACAGCCAUCACCCGAUGGCUCGGUCAUGAGCAUGAAUACAAGCUAUACCAGCAACAGUCAUAGUAAUGGCGGUGGAAGAGGGGGGAAGGGGAGGCAAAAUAAAGGGAAUAGAGGACAUUCGAAUGCUGCAAGGACGAGGGGACAUGAUCGGAAGAUGCGUCAGAUGGGCGCAUGAAUGGGGCGUUCUCGUACAUGUUCACACAAAAGAUAAAAUUCAUAAGGCAUAAUAGAUUGGCAUGGCAUUUGGCAUAUGUAUUGUUCAUAUGAGCAUGUGUAUCAUUAUGAUCAGGAGCUCAAACGUUGCUAGCAAACAUUUACUUUGAUUGCAUGCAGGCGAACGCUAUGAGAA